AUCUUCGUACUUCGUUUGUUGGAAUUUUCUUGCCCCGGCGACACUUUCAAGUGAAAUUCGUUGUUGGCGCAUUUUUUCUCAAUUUUAAAUUAUACCAAAAGUAUAUUCAAAGAACAUAAACAAUUCCGCAAUACACAAUCGUAUUAUUUAGUGAAAAUAAUAAAUUAACCGAUUAAAACUUCGAUUAUAUAAAACCGCGCUCCACAACUAGCGCGUCCGAAUCUUUUAGUCCAGAGAUAACCUUAAAAUAUCACAAAUCUGAAAUCAUAGGAAGAAAGAAAAACGAUUGGAGCAAUUGCAAUUAUAUUAAAGUGGAACAAAACUUUGCGACGACGUUUCUUGCUUGUUCUUGUGCUUGUGCUUGUGUUUAGCUGGUGCUGGUGCUUGUGAAAAAGUUCAAAUUCUCUUAGAGCUUCGCUAGGUAGGCAAAAUAAAUUUGCCAUUAAACUUAACCCAGAGUCAAAGAAAAUCUACAAUCAUUUCGCCCAAACGAAAACAAAGUUUCCAUCGCAUCCGAAUGGAAGUGGACGCCACGAUUCCGGAUGAAAAUGUAGAUGACGACGGCGACUAUAUUGCCGCCAUGAAAUUGGCUGUAUCCGAAGACGAGGAUGGCGGUGGUGGUGGAGGAGUUGGUGGCGGUGGUGGUGGUGACGUAUGUGACGAGGCGGGUGACGGUGAAGAUGGUGGGGACAGUUCCAUGGACGCAGCCAAUUCCACAACCAAGACAAAAUUCGAAAAUGGUGGCUCUGAAGCUGCUGGCAGUAGCAACAGCAAUAGCAACAGCCUUUUUAACAGCAAUAAGCGCAAGUUAUACUACGACUUGCUGCAGCAGCCAGAGACAGACGAUUUGUUCGGGUUCGACGAGGAGACUGGCAAACCGACGUAUGGCCCCUUGGAAGAGGAACCCAUCCUCCCCGAAAUAGCCGAGGAGCCUGACUGCGCAGUUGGCCCGCCCAAAAAGAGUCGACAGUCAAUUGAGGAGAGCGUAAUUAAGGUCGAAGAAGCUACAUGUGCAUCGCCAUCGCCAUUGCUCACACCAUCGACAUCGACAGCAACAACAGUCGUUGUCACCCCAGAGGCCGUGCCCGAAGCGGUUUCUCCAAGUGUUACGGUGGUACCAGCCGCUCCGCCACCAACACCAACAGCGACACCUGUACCGAUAGCAGUUUCCAAUAAGCAGCGACUGCCCACAGACGAUUUCUACAAGAAACCCUUCGAGUGUGGAUGGAAGCGUGAGUUGGUGUACCGUGCGAAUCCUGAGGCGAGCAAGGACAAGGCCGACAUUUACUUCAUUGCGCCUUCGGGCAAGAAGACUCGCUCCAGAAAUGAGAUCUCAGCUCUACUGGAAGGCGACCUGACAAUCGAGCAUUUUUGCUUCGCCAAGGAACCGCUGGGUGCUGGCCCCGAACUAGAGAUCGUUCGCAGUGCAAAGCCCACAAAUCGUCAAACAGCUGAGGCUGUUAGCACUCCAACAAACACAAGCAGUGGCAAACGCAUUUCAAAACCUAAAGCACCAAAAGGAGCUUCGCCACCACCACAAGGAUGGACAGCAACACGAGCGCUCAAGAAUUCAUCAUCUCUAAAUUCGAAUUCAAAUUCUCUAGCAACUGGAAGUACUGUUUCAGUUUCGUCACCUAAAUCCACACCCAAGUCAUCGAAGAGCAGAAAAAUUGGAGAUGCUUCAACGGUAACGGCUGCGCCAGCAGCAGCGUCUUCUCAACCUUGCACGAUUCAGUGUGCCGCUGCUAUGGGUUUGAUUCCACAUUUGCAAUGCAUCAAGUGUCUAUGUUUGUAUCAUCAUGAGUGCGUCGGUUUGGAUCGGAAGGACAAUCUAUAUCGGCUAGAUACAGAUGGCAGAGGAGGUCAAGGCUACAACCGCAAAGACUAUGUUUGCCAGUCUUGCGUUUCGCCGCCACUGAAUACAAUAAUCUCCAAAGAGAACAAUGUUACACCCAAGGAGCCUGAUAUGCAAAUUCUAUUAGCUGCACUUUCUCAGCCGCCUCCACCUCCUCCUCCACUACCUGUUCCUGCAUCUAUUGCCACUCCCCCUCUUAGAGUUGCUCCACCAUCUCCAAAACAAGCACAACUUAUUGCGCCAGCACCAACAACAGCCCCCACAACAAUCACGACCACAGCAACUGCACCAGUUGUACCCGUUUCAAAACCAAAAUUCACACCUCCUGAGCCAACUGCUGGAGAUCUACCACAGACAAUUGCCGUUAUCAAAGGAAAGAAAUACGUUGUUGUUAAGAAGCCACUGGUCCAACGUCCCACAGCCGCUGCUCUUGCUCUUGCUGCUGCUGCUGAGACCAACACAGUUGAGACCACAGCUGAAAAUGAUGUCAAUACAAAUGAUCGUUCCAAACGCAAUAACUCGUCAAGUGUACACAGAAAACAACACAAUGCAGUUGGUACUUCGACUCAAGCAGUGACAACAGCUACUGCAGCCGUGCAGAGCUCACCGCCUGGAAAUAGUACUGCCCAACCAACCAACAGGGAUUCGUCUUCACUAUCUGCGGCUGCAUCGGUGACAUUCGCGUCGAAUUUCUUUGCAAAUGUCUCUGUAGGAUAUGGUGCUAUUUUGCAUAUAUUCAAAUAUCUUAAGAUUCAUGAACGACCAAGAGCUGCGUCUGUUUGUAAGAUUUGGAAUCUUGUAGCAAAAGAUCGAGCGCUCUGGCAAACUGUAAGAAUGAAGAACUCAAAGGUUGGUAAUUGGGCUGGCUUCACAGCAGCCCUGCGUCGCGGAGAAACUAAGCAUUUAGACUUGCGAAAGCUUUUAGUAUCCAGCACUAAAUUGGAGGAAACUUGGUCAGAAUUCUGCAAACACAUUGGAAUGGUGCCCUCGCUGGAACACAUCGAUAUGUGCCGUUGCUCGGCCAAAGUGGUAGAGAGCAUUUUCCUCACAAAUCCCAACCUGACGAUCCUAAGUGCAUUGGCGAUAAACAAUGAGAGCUUAAAUUUGAUAAAUCUAGACAAUCUGGUUAUGCUGCGAGAGCUGCGUCUACGCACAUUAGAUAAAUGUACGCUCGAAGGAGACCUAUCGCCGCUGCGCUCCUUGACAAAUCUCCGACAUCUGUCCUUAACAUCAAUUCGAGAUUUGGGAACUAAGAGAAUUGAAGUUAUUGGUGAAUUAAAUAGUCUGGUUUCUUUGGAAUUGGGAGAUUGCAAUGACUUUGACUCGCGCUUCACCGAUAGUGUUUUACCCAAACUGUCGAACUUGGAGCGCCUGCGGCUGGAAAUCGGUCAGGAGCAGUGUCGCACAUUGGACAUUUUGGAUUCGGUAGCUAAGCUAGAGAAUCUUAGCCAACUUGAGUUUGUAAAUUUCGACAUUAAACCUGGCUUCGAUGAUAAACUGGCUCAGUGCACAAAUAUCCUCAAGCUCUUAAUCAUCCCUACAUACAUCUCACAAUCAGCCACUACUAAUAACAUCGUUCUUAAUGCUGUUCUAAAACUUCAAGACACCCUAGAAGUGUUUACAUGGGGCGUUACUGUGGAGCUGCUCCGUGUCACAGCACUCUACGUCGACCAAUGCGAAGACUCUACACGAAAAGAACGCCACCACUUCGAUGAAUGCAUUCCCGUACUGAAGCCAGUGCCCGGCUCAUCUGCUGCAGAUACCCCCGAUAAUGAACCCAGCCCCGGAGCAAAUGCUGUCCCACAAAUCGAAAUCCUCCCGCUGGAUAAAGUUGAAGAGAUCCUACGAGACAAUCUUGCAACCACCAAGUUCACAAUAGUGAAAGUGCCGUACCAUGCCACAUGGAAACAGCAACUCGUAGAAUAGUGCUGAAUAAUUUGAGGCUCCAUCUUCCUCAUAACAUAUCCAUAGAUGUGCGACGUCAACAUCGACACGAACAGCGACAGCGACGGCGACGGAAUGAAUUAAUUAAUUUCUCUUUUUUUUGUCAUUUUUGUUUUGCUUUUGAAAGCAAAACUAUUAGGAGGACCUUUUAGGCACGAUUUGUGAUGUACUUGGAUGAUUGAAAACAUCAGUCCAAGGAUUCCAAUUUGUGCACAUUAAUCAAUUAUUUUUCUUUUUAAAUAUUUUAUUAUUUUGAUGAUUUAUUUUUCGAAACAAACACACAGCAAUAUAAAAUGGAGAGAACCAACUGAUAAUUUUGGUUUCGUGUUUUUAGUUUUUGUGUUUCUUUCGGUAACUAAGAGUUAAUAAAAUAAAAUAAUUAUUAUUAAUGAAAGCAACAAUUACAACAAAUUAAGCGUUAUAGAGUAUAUGAAUAUUAUAAAAAUUAAAACAAAAAAAAAAUAAAAAAAUAUUGUAGAACGCAAUACAAUGAGAAAAAGAGCUAAACUUAAUCGAAAAAUAAAGGAGAUUUAAUUAUCUUAU